UUUCCAGAUAUUAUGGAGUGCGCGGUGCCAUCUUCCCAAAGUCCUGAUCAGGAAAACUCAUCACUCGUUCGACGAAAUUCCAAAAAUUUCCCGGUCAAGGCUACAUAUAAUUUUAGCUUCAGAAGCAGUGAAGCUUGUUUUGCGGACAUAUCAAACAUCAAACCUAUCUUAAAACGAGACUCUCCAAUGUUUCAUAUCGGAAAUCGAAGUCCAGCAAAUGCCCUUGAAUAUGAUUUGAGUAAUACAAUUUUAUCACCCGUUGAAGCCAGCCAUAGUAUCAGAAGAACUUGUUCUGUAGAUGCACUUAAUUCCUACAGUAGAAGAAGUCAUAGAGACUAUCGGAACUCUAAGUUAUGCAAGUGUGUCGACGAAAUUCGGCAGCAUCGGAGACUCUCUUCUCUGUGUUCAUAUGGCGAUGAAAAUACGACAUAUAGAGACAAGUUACGGAUAAAGAAAGUUCUUAAAAGUUCAGGCAGGUCAUUUGGUAAUUCUUGUGGACGUUGUCAAUUCUCUCCGAAUGCUGGCAAAGCCCAACGACCUCUAAGCGCAACCCCUAACUCGAGUUCAUUCAGCGGAAGACACUCAGUGAUUGGAUUUCCUAUUGGAUCGCCAUUAGGUAGUAAUGGGCUACAGAAUUUGUCUUUGACUCUCAGCUCAGGAAGUUCCCCUGUGGGAAGUGUAAGUCAACAACACAGACAAAGGAGUAGUAUAGACAGUGCAAUCGAACUGGAGUGCAUUCCUACUUUCUCUUACGACACAAGCUUCAGUCUUCUCGAUGGCCGCAAAUGUCCAGUGGAGUUUGAGAGAUUCUCAGCAGAGGAAAGGAGCUCAAACAACUUGUCCUCCCUGUUAUGGCCGCCUAGUCCCCGCUGUCUAGGCUCAUCUGCGAGUGGAGGAGGAGGGAGAAAGGCGUCUCUGAGUGGAGGCUGCUCCCCCAAUGCAUUCGCAAGAGAACCCCCCGCAGGCUGUGAGAGAGUCGAGGUCAUACAUGAAGACAGGGCUCUAGCAGAUUUCUCGAACACUCGGAUCUUUUUCGCUCCGGACAAAAAAGUGGGUCUGAUUCUGAAGCCAAGUUCCAACUCCGCCUUCUGUCCCCUCCUGCCCGCCAAGGGAAUAAACAACAACAAUAACAGCAACACCAACUCUCACAUAGAUUUAGGAUCGAACAUUUCAGUUUGUACAACCGAAGGGACCAAGUAGAAUUUUCAGAAAAACAUUUUCAGCUGAUUCAAUCAUUCGGUUUGCAGAGAAUUCAAUUCUAAUCCUGGACAACAACAUUCAAUUAAACGCCGAGUUUCACAAUUUUAAAGAUUUUAAACAAUCUGUUAGCGUUGAGAAAUUUUUGACCCCGCGAGCCUGCUGAUGCUGCUCAGCUGUUAUAGUGAACUUAGUCAGUUCUGGUUAUAAAUAUUUAUAUAUAAGUUUUGCAUGAUAUUUUCCGUAGUUAACAGUUACUUUAUUAUCUAGAAUAGUUAAUUGAUUAGAAUUUGCUGUUUGAAGCAAUUUUGCUGUCUCAACCUGGUGUUUCAGACUAUAUAUAUUACGCGCCUGUUACUGAACAGGGGGACGCAAG